AUGCGCGAAUGGGCCCAAUACUUCUUAUAUUGUUUUCUCUUUUUUAUGCUGUGUCUUUUUAUUAUUAUUGUUGUUGUUAAAUUUGUGUGUUUGUUUGCUUUUCUUCUUUUGCCGAUGUUUUGCCCCUGUUAUCCAACAGUGUGGAGGGGGACGAAAGAAGAAAGGCGUCGUUCUGUAGAGGGGCUGACGCCGUCCUUUGUUGCGUUGGAGUUUGUGCCAAUGGUGAAGCGGGAUUUGGAGAAGGAGCGGCAGUUGGAGCUUGCCGCCAUUUGGGGCAGUGAGACGGACGGUGACCUCCGCUACCCGAAGCGUCGUCGGAAUAUGGCCAGGCAGCCAACGACCACAGCGGCUGCUGCUGCCGCAGACGCAGACGGAGCGAGUGAUGUUCUUUCUUCUUUGGGCAGCGACGCCGUCGGCGAGAGCGGCGGGUCUGACCGGGGAGCACCGAAGAAGAAACGGGAGAAGAAAGGCAAGAAGGCAUUGAGCGCGUACCGACUUCACUGCUUUGUCGCCCCUGGCACCGAGCGUAACGCCGUACGCACGGUGUUUGAUGCAUACGAGCCAAAAGUGGAGAUUCGGGUAUCCCAGAAGGGCAACUUGCUGAACAAGACGCACUACGCGGUGCUGACGUUUCGUAAUAAAGCGAUGGCACUUCAUUCAGUGAAGAUGUUGGACGGCACCGACCAGCGCGAACUCCUCGGGGUGAAGGAGUUGAAGCUAGGACUCAUGCUCUCAAGGAAAGAGCAAAAUGCGUCUCGUAGAAGCAUGCGUAAGCGGUUGCAUGAGGAACGAGAAAGGAAAAUGGUGAAAGAGACUGAAGAGGAUGUGACGUUUAUCAAAAAUUUCAUGAAUCUGUACGCGCCUAGUGGGUAG